AUGGCCUCCAGCAGCAGCGCGGGGCUGCCCUCGACGGCGGCCCGCAACAACCUCGCGUCGCUGCCAGUCGCCGCGCCCUCCGCGGGGUACGGAGUGGAGUCGCACCCGUCACACCUGCUGAGGAGGUUGCUCGACCAAGACCGCUGGUUCUGCGAGCGGUGCGGAGGAGCGACGACGGAGCUGAUCGCCGCGAAGCUGCAGGAGCCCUGCUGCGGUCACACAGCCUGCAGCAGUGGACACUACAGGCUCGAGGGCUGGCUGAGGCAGGCCGCCAAGGAGGGCGGAGCAGGACAGCGGGCAACACCACACGAGACCUACGCGGACGGCGAGCUGAGGGGUCAGAUCGCAAGUCCAGCGGCGGUGCUCCUCGAGCCGUCAGCGGGCUCACCGCCGCCAGAGACGCAGCCACCAGUCGUGAUCUGCGCGGACGGCGAGCUGAGGUGUCAGAGCGCUAAAUCCAUGUCGGUGCUCCUCGAGCCGGCCGCUGGUGCUCGUCGCCACUGCAGCCCGUCCCAUGGCCAGGGCUUCGCUCAGGGUCAGAACGCAAAUCCAGAGGCGGUGCUCCUCGAGCCGCCAGCGGCGUUCCCCGAGCUGCCCGCGGGUCCAGCGUUGGCACGAUCGGACGAGCAGGUGAGGAGGGCACGCACCGAUGAGGAGCAGCAGCAGGAGGCGCAGCGUCUACUGCAGACCGCAGCGAGGCUGGCCAACACCAGCGUGCAGCCCCAGCACGACACCGUGCAGUACGACACGCAGGCGGAGGACCUCGACGUCGCCGAGGCAGAGGCAGCGAGGGCGAGGGCCAUGCUGGAGGUCGAGAGGGAGAAGGCAGCUGUGCAGCGAGGCGAGAGGCACGCGGCGAAGCGGCAGCUGGACUGCCUGCAGGUCUUGUGGGGCUUGCACCUCGCGCUGAUCCAGGGUGUGGUUCAGGCCGUGAAGCCCGUGCUGCGGCCGCCCCGCCGCCCCGCGCAGCUGCGGUGCCGCCAGAGGAAGACGGCGGUGCCGCAGAGGAGGCAGGCUGCGGCCGCCAGAGGCGGGAUCAAAGUGGAGGGACAGGCCUCCGCGAGCAGCUGGGCAGUGUCUACACAGUUCAGCGAGCAGUACAAGAACGAUAUGGCGUGCGACUACACCACGUCCAAUGUGCGCCGAACCUUGGAUGACAAACACCCCGACAACAAACGUGAGAAUGCGGUGAUGCAUGAAGAUGCCAACCCUGUGGAUGAGCUCUUGUGGUGCCCGAGUCGAAUGACCCCCACCUCCGCCGCGGCGGCGCCAGCGUCUGCCGACUGCGAGGCGGGAGGGCGCGCCCGCGCCGCGCCGCUGGCCACCAGGUGCGAUCGGGCCCUGUCUGGGCCCGAUGCUGACCUGUGGAGCGAGCUGGGCGCGGCCUCAGGCCGUCGGGCGAGGUCGACCGUCACCGUCGAGCACGUCAACUCCCACCUCACCGUCGAGGGGGCGGACGCCCGCUGCAUCCUUGGCGCCGUGCUGCAGGGCAACACGACGGCGGACGUGCUCGCAGAGAUCGCCGCUGCCAGGUGCCGCGUCGGCGCAUCCGACCGCGGGCGCGUGGCCAGCGUGGAGGUCAUGGCGGGCCAGGUGCGUUGGCGGCUGCUGCGGUCGACGCUGGACGCGGUUGCCGGGGAGCGGCCAGGGCGGCCCAAGCGCGAGCAGCGAGCCCGUGUGGCCGAGUGGCUGCGCAGCCCCUGCCAUGGAUUUGCGGCGGUGGCGGCCGUGCUGGCCGUGGUCCAGAUCGGCGGCGGAGCGGUCCAUCGCUCCCAUCGCGUGGUGCUGCACAGGGAGCUGGACGUCUGGUUCUGCCAGGGCUACGGCUUCUUGUCUUUAUUGCACGCGCGCGCGGCGCCCGGCGCACGGGCGCGGCUGGCGGACGCGGCCGAGUCGGCGUUCGAGGCGAAGGACCCCGGCGCGGCCGUGCGCCACGGCCCCGUCGGCGUCGGGCGGAAGCGCGAGCGCCGGGCACCCGGUGCCGAGGGGGAGGUGGCCCGCUCCACGCUGCGCGAGGCCACGUCUGCGUACGACUUCUGGUCCGCCGCAGUAUGUGGAGCCUACGCGGUGAACAAGAUCGGCGCGUGGGGCGUCUCCGUACACUCAGUCGGCACCUGA